AUGAAGCUCCCUCUCGCGCCCUCCGUCUCGGCUUUCACUGGAGGCCUCACCCUUGAGGCUGUUGUUCCGACCUCUCCUAGUAAGGUCAGUGGAUCGUCACCUCAGAAAGGCGGAGCCUCCCCGCGGCAAGGCGGCAAGGGCAGCUCUAGCGGUCCGUCCGUGCUCCCUGUAGCUGGGUAUGACCCCAUCCACACUGUCAUGGCUACUAAGCCUGUGGCCUCGAAGCUCUCCUUGGAUGAGCGCGUGGCUCAAUGUAUGGCGGUGGCUAACUACGGUGGAGAGAUUAUUCAAGAGGAAGAAGUGAGGAAGCUUUUCGAGGCCAAGGCUAACCCUAUAUGUUACGACGGAUUUGAGCCGAGUGGCCGCAUGCAUAUUGCCCAGGGUAUUCUCAAGGCUAUUAAUGUCAACAGGUUGACUUCGGCCGGCUGUGUAUUCGUUUUCUGGGUUGCUGAUUGGUUCGGUCUCCUCAACAACAAGAUGGGCGGCGAUCUCGAGAAGAUCAAAAAGGUUGGCCAGUACUUCGUAGAAGUGUGGAAGGCCGCUGGAAUGGACAUGGAUAAUGUUCGCUUCCUUCGAGCCAGCGAGGAGAUCAACAAGAAUCCGCAAGACUACUGGUUACGCGUGAUGAACAUCGCGAGAGCAAACAGCAUUUCGAGGGUGAAGCGUUGUGGUCAGAUUAUGGGAAGGUCUGAGGGAGACGAACAACCCAGUGCGCAGAUUCUGUAUCCUUGCAUGCAGUGCAGUGACAUCUUCUACCUCCAUGCGGACAUCUGCCAGCUCGGCAUGGAUCAACGCAAGGUCAACAUGCUCGCAAGAGAGUACAUGGACAAGCCCGAGGCCAGCAAGGACAAGCAGAGGAUGCAAGGACGAAAGCCCAUCAUCGUUUCUCACGCUAUGGUACCUGGCCUUCUGGAAGGACAAGAGAAGAUGUCCAAGUCUAAUCCCGAUUCUGCUAUCUUCAUGGAGGACUCUGAGGCUGAUGUGAAACGGAAGAUCAAGAAAGCCUUCUGCCCUCCCAAUGUGGUUGAAGGCAACCCAUGUGUCACUUACGUCAAGAUGCUUGUGUUCCCCUACUUGGGCAAAUUUGAAGUUCAAAGGAAGGAGGCUAACGGUGGUGAUGUGACGUUCAGGACGGUUGAGGAGUUCGAGCACGCCUACGCCCAUGGCGAGUUGCACCCUGGUGAUCUCAAGGCUGCUCUUACUCGGUGUUUGAACCAGAUGAUCGAGCCUGUUCGUCACCACUUCGAAACGAAUCCUGAGGCCAAGGCAUUGCUGGCUGAGAUCAAAUCCUACAAGGUCACCAAGUGAAGCAAUCACUAAAUCCUUACUGCCACUGCUUAUCCUAUAGCAGGAGUUUCUCGGACCCU